UCUCAGCAGUCAGAACAGCAGGUUCUUGUCCUUGGAGGAACUAGUGGGGGAUCCAACUCUUAUAUUCACUUCUCUACUGCUGGACUUGUUGUGACUUUACAGAUUCUGUGACUGUGCCCUUGGAUUAAAGCAACAACCGGAGGGCACGGAUGGACACUUGGCAGGGAAGCUGACUCUCCGAUCUCGGCUGUUGUCAAAAUUUCUAAUGAGACCAAACGACUUACAGGGAAGACACUUUGGUGCAGAUAAACGGAGAUGGGCGACUGGAGUUUCCUUGGCCAGUUUCUUGAAGAGGUGCAAAAACAUUCCACGGUGGUGGGCAAGGUCUGGCUGACCAUUCUGUUCAUCUUCCGGAUGCUGGUGUUGGGCACUGCUGCAGAAUCCUCAUGGGGGGAUGAACAGUCGGACUUUACAUGCGACACCAACACGCCCGGUUGUGAAAAUGUCUGCUACGACAAAGCUUUCCCCAUCUCCCAUAUCCGAUACUGGGUCCUUCAGAUUAUCUUCGUCUCCACCCCCUCCUUGCUCUACAUGGGACAUGCCAUACACACGGUCCGGGUGCAGGAAAAGAAGAAACACAGAGAAGAGGAGAAAGUGAAGCAGAACAUGAGCCGGGAGUCGUCGUACCAUCAGCAGGAAUAUGUGGUGGAAAAAGAGCAAAUUGUUUAUACCGACGAGUUGAGCGGCAGGAUCCGACUUCAAGGAACUUUGCUGAACACGUACAUUUGCAGCAUCCUGAUCCGCACUGUGAUGGAAGUUGCUUUUAUUGUGGGGCAGUAUAUGCUUUAUGGAAUAUUUUUGGAGACCUUGUACACGUGUCGUAGGUCGCCCUGUCCACAGCCCGUAAACUGCUUUGUCUCUAGGCCGACUGAGAAGAAUGUUUUCAUUAUAUUUAUGUUGGCUGUGGGAGCCCUCUCCCUACUUCUCAGCCUUGUAGAACUCUACUACCUGGCAUGGAAAAAGAUCAAGCACAAAUUUUCUGGCUCCAGUACAGACAAACCAAGUGCUCUCAGAGUGGCUGCCAUAGAGCCGGGGCACCGUUCUCAAAGUUGCACUCCACCUCCUGACUUUAACCAGUGCUUAACCAGCAAUAAGGGCAAAUAUGAGAACCCUUUCAGCAAUAGCCUGGCUUCUCAGCAGAACACAGCUAACUUUGCAACGGAAAAGGUCCAGGGUGAAGAUGACAUUCAAGAUGGGCAAUUUAUCCACAUAAGCUAUGCACAAAAUCCACCAGUAUCCAACCACUCAACACCACAUCAUACGCCAAAUGGCUACUGUCACAGCCACCGAAGCUUGAGCAAGACCAGCCAAGCCAGCAGCAAAGCCCGUUCAGAUGACUUGUCCGUGUGACCUCUGGAACCAUAAAGUCAUCGUUGUCCCAGAUGCCUCUUAUAUAUGGCAAUUGUUAUUGUGCCUCCAGCUGGUCAGGAUACAAAGUCCUCUGUGAUUUUGGAACGGUUGACUCCAAACUUGCCAAAGAUAAUAAAUAUGUAGCAAAUGUAUAUUUUUGAGAUUCUCACCAGGUUUUAACAGUUGACACCGCACCAGGUGUUUGACUGUUAAUUCCAUUUGUGGAUGCUUCAGACUUGACGUUGACUAUCAUGGUUAUCUCCUGCAAUUUUGGAAGACUCCUCCAUUGAGGUAUAACAGAGGUUUCUCUUUUUUAGACUUUUUGGGUUUAUGCCUUUUAUAGGCAUCCAACUUUUGCUCAAGUCCCCUUUUAGCACAUUAAUAAGUUUAUAGAUACUUGAAAACGUUGUCAUAUUGGUAAAGCUGCGAUAGCGCCAGGAAUAUUUAGGACAGUAGUAAAUGGACUUCUCACUCUAAAUGACCUUUAGACACUUAUAUCCACUGGUUCCCCAUUGGGAGGGUGGGGACUAAAACUGCAAUUUGAAGCCUAUAAUAUAUAGUAUGUCCCAAUCUUUAAUCAUAAUCUUGUACGAGAUAUUUCAUAUAUUAUUUUCAAAACGUGAACCAUCAACCUGAGUGUGGGUUAUCAACAGUUCAUUGCUCCAUUAAAGUCUUAAAAAUAAAAUGAACCCCUCAACGACCAGCAGCAACUCAUGAAUCACACAUAGACACAACUCAUAGAUGGAUCCUGGGAUGUACUGUACAGGAUUCACAUAGUCAACCACUAAUGGAGGUGGUACCUCCACCCAGCUCCCAAGGUCAUUUACAGGAUACAGAGUAGACCAAUGCACAGUCCACAAACAUAACUUAUCAAUAACUUAAUUUACGUUUUAUGUCUUGUUUUAAGACCAGGCCCAUAUCAGGGUAACUUCAACAAUGGGAAAAGAUUGGCUUCCAUGGUGGGUGUAGUUUAAACUGGUUCAGUCACAGACUUACGUAGUUGCAGAGUUUCAUCUGGGACUGUUUUAUAAGCCUGGUGAGAUGUUCUUCAAACAAAGACCCUCUCUUAGAGGAAAAGCCCCUAGGGUUCAUGAAUUCUUCAGAUAUAGUAUGUAAUCCCUGAUAAUGUCUCUUCCUCCAGAUUUGAUUUCCAUACUAGUAAGUAGGUGUUUCCUUUUGAAAAUGUUGUGGAUAGAUUCUCAUGUGGGUUUUUGAAGGCCCCUUUUUGGAGUCUAUAGCAACCACUCAACAGUUAGUUACGGGUUAUGGGUUAUUAAAUGAGGCCAACGCCUGAAUGUGUUUGGGCAUAACCCAGAUUCAUGUCUAUGGCCUAUUGAGUAAGGAACACAUAUUUUACACGAUCUUAGACCAUUGCACAUUACUUCUGCAAAUGACUGCCCUUGUUUUUGGACUGGAUUGAGAAUUGACCGUUAGAACUAAGGAAAGGAAAGUUUACAUGGAUAGAGUGUGAGUGGGAAUGUAAUAUUUUAAUGAAUUGUAGCUGGAGUAAAUGUUUGUACAUUUUACAUAGAAAAAAUUAGAAUGUAUGUAUUUUUUCAUGUACAGAUCAGUGUGAUACAAUGUGUUGCUGUUCUUAUUGCAGUUGGUUCUGUCGAUAAAUAAUUUGUGAAUUUUUUAAAAUACUGGCUACAAAUUGGCCUCGCUUUAUGAAUAUUCAAAUGCUCUCAUUGGCUAGAGCUUGGUCUUGCCCUGUGAGCAUUCUAUUGACGCCCAUCUCAUUUUAAAGCUGAAGGCAAGGGGAUCUAUGAUUAUUUCUGAACUGAAAAUAAUUUUCAUGGGGGGAUCAUUUUGAUGUGGGGGGGCAUUUUUAGCACAGAGCAAUAUAUCAGCCAGCAUUGUGCCCCAUAAGAGUGGUUGUUACUGGUGGAUGUCCCAUGGAUGGUGCGUGAGUAGUCAGGAUAUUGGAGGAGGCGGUUGAGGGCAAAUAAGUGGAUAUUGGGUUCCAGUACAUCCCGGGUGCCAAAUUGUACAAGAGCAGUUGCCAGUAGCAACCACUCAAUUUGUUUAGAACAGUCUAGUACAGUUGAAAGGCCUGAUGGAUUUCGAUCGGCACCUGCACUUGUGCAAUUUAGCACCUACGCUCAUAAACGAGCCCUCAGGAGCAUGGCCAGAGCAAUGGCCUACAAGAGAACCUACGGUCCUCAUGGACAACUUCUCCACAGUUCUACACAUCGGAGCACAAAAACAAACAAAUCCCCCAAGACUAUAACCCCCGUAUUUAUUAAAAAGUGAAUUUAAUUUAAUGGAAUAAAAGAACAGCUGGGCCUCAUUAUUUUAUUUUUUAUUAUUUUAUAGUUAUUGAUAUUUUAUUAUUGAUUUUAUUAUUGUCCCCAGUAAAUUAAAUUGUUGAAUGGUUUUACUUGUUACUUUAUGAACAAGUAACAUACAGAUAUCAAUAUAUAUAUGGGCCUAUAACAAAUAUCUUAUACAGGUAUAGGAUCCCUUAUCUGGAAACCCGAUAUCCAGAAAGCUCAGAAUUAUGGAAUGGCUCCCAUAGACUCCAUUUUAUCCAAAUAAUCCAAAUUUUUAAAAAUGAUUUUCUUUUUCUGUGUAAUAAUAAAACAGUCGCUUGUACUUAAUCCCAACUAAGAUAUAAUUAAUCCUUAUUGGAUGCAAAACCAGCCUAUUGGGUUUAUUUAAUGUUUAAAUGAAUUUCUAGUAGACUUAAAGGAGAAGGAAAACUACAGAGGCAUUUUAUUGCCAAUAGAUUAGCUGCAAUAGUGCAAGCUAUAACACUAUAUUUAUUCUGUAGAAUUUUUUACCAUACCUGAGUAAAAAGCUCUAGAAACUCUCUGUUUGUUUAGAAUAGGAGCUGCAGUAUUAAUGUGGUGUGACAUCACUUCCUGCCUGAGUCUCUCCCUGCUCUGGGCUCAGAUUACAGUAGAGAAGGGAGGGGGAGGGGAGAGGAGCAAACUGAGCAUGCUCAAGCCCUAGCCCUGGAGGUUUAAGCUGAAAACAGGAAGUCUGAUACAGAAGCCCAUGAGUACACAAUAGAAGGAA